AUUCCAAAGGGAAACGCCAAAGAAAGAUCCUGUACAAGACCCAGAAUUACCUGAACCUCUACGCUGCUGAUGGUCUCCGGACUCUCUGCAUCGCAAAAAAGGUUAUGACUAAGGAGGAGUAUGCUGUCUGGUUGCGACAUCAUCUGGAGGCAGAGACGGCCAUACAGGGAAGAGAAGAGCUGCUGUUUCAGUCUGCUCUGAGGCUGGAGAUCAACCUGCAUCUAUUAGGAGCAACGGGUAUAGAGGACCGUCUACAAGAUGGUGUCCCAGAGACCAUUGCGUCGCUGCGGAAGGCAGGGCUCCAGAUCUGGGUUCUGACAGGGGACAAACAGGAGACAGCCAUCAACAUCGCCUAUGCUUGCAAGCUGCUGGAACCUGACGACGAGAUCAUCACACUCAACGCUGACUCUCAGGAGGCGAUGGCAGUCCUUCUAGAAGAGAGUCUACACUACAUCCAGGCUAAGUUCCUGUCCUCGGAUCCUUCCAGAUCCUUUCAGAAAGACUACGCUCCCGCCUACUCCUUCCCCCCUCCUCCUCCCUCCUCCUCCUCCCAGACCCAGUCCUUCCUGGUGCACCGGCUGGGUCUGGUGAUUGACGGGCGGACGCUGGCCUACGCGCUGGACAGCAGCCUAGAUGAGAAGUUCCUGGCGUUGGCGAGGAGCUGUCGGUCAGUCCUCUGCUGUCGCUCCACACCGCUGCAGAAGAGUAUGGUGGUUAAACUGGUCCGGAACAAACUGAAGGUCAUGACGCUGGCCAUAGGUGAUGGGGCUAAUGAUGUCAGCAUGAUUCAGGUGGCUGAUGUGGGCGUCGGCAUCUCAGGACAGGAGGGCAUGCAGGCUGUGAUGGCUAGCGACUUUGCCCUACCGCGGUUCCGGAACCUUCAGAAGCUCCUGCUGGUUCAUGGUCACUGGUGUUACUCCAGACUGGCCAACAUGAUACUCUACUUCUUCUACAAGAAUGCUAUGUUCGUAGCUCUGAUCUUCUGGUACCAGUUCUACUGUGGUUUCUCUGGGUCAGCCAUGAUAGACCAGUGGUAUCUGAUCUUCUUCAACCUCAUGUUCUCUGCCUUCCCUCAACUCAUCACCGGAACCCUGGAUAAAGAUGUGUCCUCAGAGACCCUCCAAGAACUGCCUCAGCUCUACAUGAACGGACAGAACUCAGAGGCCUAUGCUGACUCUGAUGUGGACUUGUUGACCUGGGGAACCCCCAUCACCACCUUGGCUCUGUUUACUAUACUGAUACACCUGGGCUUGGAGACCAAGACCUGGACGUGGAUGAACUGGGUGUCCAUCACCUUCAGUGUGGGUCUGUUCUUUAUUGUGGCUCUGUGUUACAACGCCUCAUGUCCAACAUGCUACUCCCCCUCCAACCCUUACUGGACCAUGCAGAGACUGCUGGGGGAACCACUCUUCUACCUGCUCUGUAUCAUCACUCCUGUAGCCGCACUGCUGCCCAGAUACUUCUACAGGGCGUGUCAGAGCUCUCUGUUCCCCACUCCAGUCCAGGUCGGCAGGCAUCUGGACAAACUGCCCAGUGACACCCGUAGAAACAUCCUCAGUCUCAGCCGGGUCCAGGCCGGGUCACUUCUGCAUCUCAGACCAUCCUUCCUGUCUUCACUUUCCUUCACUGGACCCUUGACUAAAGACUGCAGCCACAGGGCCACCUCCACCCAGAACCAGUACAGCUUCACCAGGGGCCCGGCCAAGAAUCCUGAGGGCCGCCUGGACCUGUCCUUACGGGGGGAUGAGGCUGGGAAGGAUCAGGGGAAGAGCUGGGGCUCUGGCAGUCCUGGAGACAGUCAGAGGAGGCUUGAAGAUGAUGAUCAGUACACACUGGCCUCCACAGAGACUGAUACUCUGCCUUAUACCAAAGCCAAAGAAGCUCCUCGGCCUGAUGCAGGGGCUGGGAGUAUGGCUGGGGCUGGGAGUAUUGCUGGGAGUAUGGCUGGGGCUGGGAGUAUGGCUGGAGCAGGGGCUGGGAGUAUGGCUGGAGCAGGGGCUGGAGCAGGGGCUGGGAGUAUGGCUGGAGCAGGGGCUGGGAGUAUGGCUGGAGCAGGGGCUGGAGCAGGGGCUGGGAGUAUGGCUGGAGCAGGGGCUGGAGCAGGGGCUGGGAGUAUGGCUGGAGCAGGGGCUGGAGCAGGGGCUGGGAGUAUGGCUGGAGCAGGGGCUGGAGCAGGGGCUGGGAGUAUGGCUGGUAGUAUGGCUGGAGCCGGGCCUGAUGACCUCCAGACUCCUCUCACCCAGGACAAUGACAGUCAGGACAUUACUCUUCUUGAUCCCUCGGACCUGAGUCUGUCCAGCUUGAUCACCUCCACACCCCUUCUGACCACAACCCGGUCAGAAACCAUCCAACUGACUCUGCCCCCUGCUGGUGGUUCCCAGUCUGCAGCCUACAGACGGAACUAUGAGAACCAUGACACUACUCCACACAGACCACCUGACCACAGGCUCCUCCCUCCUACAGACAGACCGGACCGCCCCCAGGCCACGCCCACCUGUCCUAAAGAAAACUUGUGGCUCCAAACCACCUCUCUAUAA